AUGGAUCUGGUCCGGGCGAACUACGCUGCCGACAGCGACUCAGACAGCCAGGGAGAGGAAGACGUAUCUUGCCCCUUGCCUGAAUAUAUCUCACACAUGUUCCGAAGAGCUGCAACCGCAGGGCUCAGACUGGAGCGGCCGCACGUAUACGCAUACGCCGACGUGCAGCUCAGCGAGCAGCAGCGCGGUAUUCUUGAGCGGCUUGUGCAGCGCGCUAACAGCGCACGGGUCGAGGCAGAGUUUCAGCCGCUGUUCUAUGGACGGCUGCGGGCGCGACGGCCGUUGCACGUGUCGCUGACGCCCGCGCUGCAGUUCAGCAGCGCGGCGGCGGCGACGGCGUGCGUGGAGCGGAUGCGCGCGGGGCUGGCGGGCGCGGGUGUGCUCGCGACGGCGCUGGAGCGGGCGCCGCGCGUGCUACCAAACUGCGACAGCUCAGUGGCGUACCUUGCGCUGCCGCUGGCGCCCGCGGGGCGCGCGCAGGCCGCGGCGCUGACCGCGCGUCUCGGCGCCGCGCUCGCCGCGACACCUGGGGGCCUCACGCCGUACGACAGUGCGGCCUUUGCGGCCGGCGCGCACGUAUCGGUCGCGGAGGACUCGCAGAACCCUGGUCUGCUGCGAUACGCUCGCGCGAAGGAUACUCCAGGCGCGGCGGCGCAUCUCGAGCGCAUGGAGACACUGCUGCAGGCCAGCGAUACGCCGUUGCCUCCGGCGGACGCAGCCGCACUUCAGAUCGUGUGCACGGCCGUUCACCUGACGCUCAACGGUCGACUGCAGGCGAGCGUCGCGUUGCGGACGCAACUGCAGCCCAUGUAA